CUAAAAAACAGAAACAAUUGUAAAACACUCAGAUGUCCUCACAUCACAUUGAACAGCUUUAUGGUCAUGAUGUUUCAAAAAGGCUAAUAGUGGAUCCAUUAUCAUCUGAAAGCAAAUUUUCAUGCUACAGAUGUAUUUGUUCAUAAAUUAUUACUUCCAAUUUUCUGAUAAUCAUGACGAUGAAGAUGAUCCAUGUUCCUGUUGGAGUGAGUGGUUUCCAUAGAGACACUUUGCAUCAGCAGCUCCAUGCUCCAGUGCUCUGGGAGACUUUAUAGUCCUGAGAGUUGAAGACUGGAUGACUGACAGCUGUCCUUCAUCACAGCAGAAGACACAGAAAUCCUCCUCCUCCUCCUCCUCUUCCUCCAAAACAUGAGUGUGAUGUGCAUCCUCAUCUGGACUCUCCUCUGCUGCUGCUUCACAGAGUCCAGAGGACAGUUCACAGUGACUCAGCCUGGAGCAGUGAGCUCUGCUGUGGGAGGAAAUGUCUCCAUCUCAUGUACAACCAGUCGGGAUGUUUAUAGGCAUAUUGGCAAACACCGUUUAGCCUGGUACCAACAGAAAAAUGGAGAAUCUCCUAAACUACUAAUUUACGAUGCUAGCACUCGAGCUUCAGGGACUCCAAGUCGUUUUACAGGCAGUGGAUCAAACUCUGAUUUCAAUCUGACCAUCAGUGGAAUUCAGGCUGAAGAUGCAGCAGUUUAUUACUGUCUGGGUUUUCACUUCAUCCCCAGUCCGCGGGUGUUCACACAGCGAUGCCAGUUUGCACUUCUUGAGGCUGACUUCUCUGCCAAGUACAAGUCUAUAAGAUGUAAACCCAGUGGCAGCAUGUUAAGAGCUGCGAUAGGCCGAAAGUCCAGAGGACAGGUCACAGUGACUCAGCCUGGAGCAGUGAGCUCUGCUGUGGGAGGAAAUGUCUCCAUCUCAUGUAUAACCAGUCAGGAUGUUUAUGUUUAUAAAAGCAAUCACUGUUUAGCCUGGUACCAACAGAAAGAUGGAGAAUCUCCUAAACUACUCAUUUACUAUGCUAGCACUCGAGCUUCAGGGAUUCCAAGUCGUUUUACAGGCAGUGGAUCAAAGUCUGAUUUCACUCUGACCAUCAGUGGAAUUCAGGCUGAAGAUGCAGCAGUUUAUUACUGUCAGAGUUAUCAUGAAAUCAACAGUCAGUGGGUGUUCACACAGUGAAAAACAGUCGUACAAAAACCUCCCUCAUUCUGGCUGAACAGAAACUGAACUGAUUGCUGCAGCUGGAAGAUGCUGCAGACACUGAAACACUUCACUGAA